GAUCGGGUGCGGAAGGCCAACUUCCCGGCGCUGCCAGUGAGGAUGUCGCCACUACCACCCGGUGCCCCUCAGCCCCGGAGACGACGCCGUGGCGGAGCCCGGAGUCCCCCUGCCUGAGGCGUCCGCACCCCGGAUCCGGCCCUUCCUCUCGUCUCCUCCCAGGUGCGCGCCCGGCGGGCGGCCGCGGCAGGCGGCACCAUCCACUUUGCUUGAAAGCGGCUGCUGUUGGUUCCUGAGAUGAUCUCAUCUGAACAUGGCUCCAAGGACCUCAGCGGCAGGAACUGGAGGCAGCUUGCUGUCUGCUGUGGUAGUGUUUUGAAACAGGCAAAAUCAGAUUGCAUCAUGUGGGCAACCUGCUGUAACUGGUUUUGCCUGGAUGGACAGCCUGAGGAGGUCCCACCGCCCCAGGGGGCCAGGACGCAGGCCUAUUCCAACCCUGGGUACAGUUCCUUCCCUUCCCCAACAGGCUCGGAACCAAGCUGCAAGGCAUGUGGGGCCCACUUCGCAAGCACGGCCAGGAAGCAGACCUGCUUGGACUGUAAGAAAAAUUUCUGCAUGACCUGUUCAAGCCAAGUGGGGAAUGGGCCCCGCCUCUGCCUUCUCUGCCAGCGAUUCCGAGCCACAGCCUUUCAGCGGGAGGAGCUCAUGAAGAUGAAGGUGAAGGACCUGAGGGACUACCUCAGCCUCCAUGACAUCUCUACCGAAAUGUGCCGGGAGAAAGAGGAGCUGGUGUUCUUGGUGCUUGGCCGACAGCCUGUAAUCUCCCAGGAGGGCAGGACUCAUGCCUCCACCUUGUCCCCGGACUUCCCUGAGCAGCAGGCCUUCCUGACCCAGCCACACACCAGCACGAUACCUCCUACCUCACCCAGCAUCUCUUCUUCACCCACACAAGCCACCUUCGUUCCCCGAGCCCAGGCUCAGGAAAAUCCGCAGGCCAAUGGCCAUGUGGCUCAGGACCAAGAGGAACCUGUCUGCCCGGAGAGCACAGCCAGAGCACCUGCCGAGGAUGAGACCCAGUCCGUUGACUCAGAAGACAGCUUCGUCCCAGGCCGGAGAGCCUCUCUGUCUGACCUGACUGACCUGGGGGACAUUGAAGGUCUGACUGUGCGGCAGCUGAAAGAGAUCCUGGCUCGCAACUUCGUCAACUACAAGGGCUGCUGUGAGAAGUGGGAGCUGAUGGAGAGGGUGACGCGGCUGUACAAGGACCAGAAAGGACUCCAGCACCUGGUGUGUGGUGCUGAGGACCAAAAUGGGGGAGAAGUGCCACCCAGACUGGAGGAGAACCUGUGUAGGAUCUGCAUGGACUCACCCAUUGACUGUGUUCUGCUGGAGUGUGGCCACAUGGUAACGUGUACCUAGUGUGGCAAGCACAUGAACGAAUGUCCCAUCUGCUGGCAGUACGUGAUUUGAGCUGUGCACGUCUUCCUAUCCUGAGGGCUUGGACCGGCUCCUUCAGUGCCUUACAGAGACAUAGCUUGAGGUGUCUGGGCUCAGGAUUGGCCCACUGCAAAGAGGGCAGGCUAACAAGAAAAUCUGAAGUGUUCCCCAGACCAGGGCAAGCAAAAAUGCUGUGUCACUUCUGUGCAUGCCAGUCUUGUCAUAGGGGUGCACCUUUUGGCUGGCAGAGCCUGAGGCCAAUGGGAACAGGUAUAGAUCACAUGGGCAAGUCCAUGGUUCAGUGAUUUUGAUGUGAUGAUGGUAGUAGAUGAAAACACGACUUCCAUAACUUAGACCAUAUCUUCCUCUGAGAACCUAAACAGUUUUGCCCAUCCUUCUGUACCCCACCGACCCCCACUGAGCUGCUUGCCUCUAUUUCACCAAUCAGACAUCUGGUAGAAUGACUGUCCUCUCCAAAUGCACAUUUGGAUUCGUUUUGAAUUCAUCUCUCGUCUCUCUAGCCUUCUGUGCUUUAACCGACCUUUGCUAAAGUCUCUUACUACAUUGCCUAAAAUCUAUUUGUUUCUUCAGACCAAAAAGAUGUUAGUUUAGCAGACCAAUGGUGAUCCUCCUUAGGACAGAGUUUGGACCAGCAAACUGAUUUUCGGUGAGAAAUGAAACACGAAUGCUAUUGAAAAUUUUCAGUCAUUAAGAGUUGCUUUGUUAAGUGUUGGGAUUGGAAGCUCUGUACCGUGAUGUGAUCUUGGAGGCCAGGAGGGCCAUCUGGCUUCUAACCUGCUGAGAAAUUUGUCUCUCUAUGCAACAGAUGGCGCAUAGUUCACCUCUGCUUUUCUUGGGGCCUGACUUUACACCAUCCUUAAUUUUAGUUUGAGCAAAGGGAAAAUGCUGGGUGGAGACAAUGAGUUUUUGCCUAACUUUGACUUCUCUAGUGGACAGGAGUCUUAAAACACCUUCCGUUGAAUAUAAGUCCCUCUUUCCUAUGGAGGUUCUAAGCAUGGUCUCACUGAAGCAUGGAGACUUAGGCAAAGAGCCUUGAUCUUCUCUAGCUAAACUUCUCAUGAAAUUCCUGGAGACAGCAUGUAAGGCAGAGCACCUAGGAGUUAUCAGAAGGGACUAACCGAGGCUGGAUUCAGCUCUUGGGCAGACAGCUGGAAGUCUCACUUCCCCAGGUGGGUGAGGACUCUGUCUCUCUCUCCCAUUUCACUUCUCAGCCUACUGAGUUGGGUGCAGGUUAGGAAGCAGCAUUCUCUAAUCCCUUUAGGAAGGACCAUGCGAUGAGUAGGUGAUGAUUUUGAGUCCUCUUAGGAUCUUUAUACCACUAAUGAGCCAAAGGACUUAAAGUUUGCUGGAGAAGUUUAGCCAAGCACAAGCACAGGCUGUUAAAGAGCUGUGUGCUACCAUUAACUACUGGAUGGACUAUGCAAACCCUAAACACCUGAGGGCCUUGGCAGAUGCCCCCAUGAUGCAGCCAAGGUCUUUCAGACUAGACAAACCAAUCAUGACAUUGGAAAGCAGCAGGAAACCUGUAAGGGGACUUGACUUGUUUACCAGUGCAGACAUACUGAGGUUUUCCUGCCAUCUUCAACCACUAAUCCCCUCUGGAAGAAUGAAAUAAUUUCAUAAAGUAGUUGUCAGCUAAAUACUGGGUAACUUAUCUCAACAUUUUACCAAGUGCUGGAUGGUUUGAUCUGGGCUACAGCCUUUGUAGGCAUCUGGAGGAAAUCAAGCGAUUUCUCUGUGAAGGUAUCAUCUCACCUUUCUGCUGGAUGGUAAAUACUAUAGUUUACAAUGCCUACCAGUUUAGCAAAAGAUUUAGCUGCUACUCAGUUGUAUUGUGAAACAGGUUUGCAUAUGUGCAGCUCAGUUAAGAUAUAGCAAUAACUGUGGGGCAGAAGUUGGCUCUCUCCCUACUUAAAAUUCUCUGCUGGGACCUUACCUCUCCCUACCUCUCAAUUUCCCUCUAAGAGAUGAAUUAAAAAUAAUAAUAUCCUGAUGGUUGGUUAGUGACCUCAGUAAGAAUUAGAACUGAUGUUACUUUGGAGAAAGAAGUUGCCUUUAAGUCUUCUAACUUCUUUUGGUGAAGGUUUCCCUUAGGAAAAACGGUGUUAAAUAACCCUGAUUUUUGUUUGGUGGUAGGAGGGGGCAGUGGACAGGUACCUUAUUAUUAUACCAAAUAAAAGAAUUCUAAUAUCCCAUUUCAGUGACUGUCUCACCUAGAUAGAAAACAUGAUUUUUAUCCUUGAAUGCUCCCUCCUGCCUCUCAUAGAUCCUUGGUCUUAAUUAUCAUGGAAACAUCUAAUUCACAAUUAUUCUGUGGCUUUGCUGUGAUUGUUCUGAGAUUUCACUUGAGACUUGUUUUAAAAGACUUGGAUAGCUGACUGGUUCAUAAUGUGUUGAAAUGGUUGGAUCCAAACUGGUAAGAAUGAUGUGUACAGGAAUUAGUGCUCAAUAUAUAUUGUGUACAUUUGUUGAUCUUUUGCAUGUAAAUGUGUUUCUUCAAGUGGCUUAUAUUAAAAUUCUCUCAGACUUAACUUGGGUGUUAAAGCAAACCCCAAGGUGUAUUUUUGUUACAGAGCUCUGCUUUAUAAUUUUGUAAUAAAGUUUCAAUAUAGA